CACACACGAAGGCAUUUGUUAAGAGAAAUCCUUAGAUAAGUAAUCAAUUUGAAGGAUUUAAUACAAAAUCCCUUUAAAAUAAUCGAAUUUUAAUGAUUGGAGGGAUCGCAUUCUCGAAAAUUAAGUAGAUGGUUUCCACGAGAGGCGAGAUAUAGUCCUCUCACCCAAAAUGCCAAAGUUCGUUUCCUAGUGUUUUUCAACUGAUAAUUUCGUCUGGAAAGAAGGGCACGCGAAGAGCCCCGAGAGCUAGAAUAAUGCGUCGAUGCUUAAGAAUAAAAUUAAAGCGAUAGGGGGCCUUUCGGGGUCAUCAUAUGCCUUAGGCACCCCGUUGUUGGAAGAAAUGUAGUUGUCUAGAGCACCUCCUUGGGGUGAAGGCUACUGAAUAAGUAGAUGAGGUCCAGUGGCAAGUGCCUUCGGGGUUCUGACCUUCCGCUCGAGACGGUAGGGGAAAAGAAAGCGGAUGUUAACCCCCCUCGUGCUUAAAUUAAUAAAAACACAAAAAAAAGAAGAAGAAAGCACGUGGGACCAUCCACCUACGAAUUGUGUUUGUAGAAGAGUAAAAUGAGUCUCAGAUAAGAGCUUCCAGCCUAAUCUGGGAAUUUCAGGCCAUCAUCACGAUAUUAAAUUCCACGCUGAGUAGUCUAGUCACGUGGGAGUAGGAUCGUGACGUCACGCUGGCCAAAUCGGUCACGUGCUCCAGUCGCCUCCGGUGAGGUCGGUAAAUAAACAUUCUCCCCGAACCGUGGGAAUUGUGCAUUUUCCGUGGUUACGUGACAAUCCAUUUCGUGCGUGUGGAGGGGGUUCAGACGAAUUUCCGGGCCCGGUAAGCGCGCGCGCGCCUUCAUCUUUUUUUCUCCCCCCUGUAUUUCACUGCCCUCCGGAUGCGUUGGCCCCUUAAUAGGUCACAAUGGGGCCUUUAUCGGAUCGUGUAGUGUCCAGUGAUGCGUCGUGUGCAGAGGGAUUGUUAUCCGACAUCCGUUCAUCCAGUCAAGUUCAUGACUGGCAAAAUGCCAGCGAUUGGUAGUGGUUGGUUGAACACGUGGGUUCGGUUCCCACGACCCAACUAGGCAACGUGUGGCGCCGCGUGCCUGACUCGGACGUGGCAUCACCUAGGAUGCAACGGGGUGUCAAGGGUGAGUGACACAGACAUCCGACGUUUGUGUCUCUUCGCACAGAUGCAUACAAAAAGCCCUCCGUAUGCCGUACACACACAUCUUGCACAACCUCGACGUUUGAGGUUAUCGUUAAGGCUGCAAACCCCCCUCGUACCGGAUCCGGUUACUUCUGCUUUGUCACUACGUUUGCACUCGAACAAACUUUCCAAUUAGAAAUCAGCCAGUUCCUUGUGUUGCGCCCCCGAAUCAUUUCCCAAUUUUUAUCAGUUCGACUUUUGUCUGCGGGGGGAAGCGUGACCCGGGGAAAUCGAGCUGUGAGAAAGUUCGACUCUGAUUCGCGUUGACGGAGAACGUCUGUGACGUCACGUCCCACGCGUGCAUCUGUCACGGUCGGAAAGGACCAAUGGGGAGACGGUGCAGGGGCGAGUUUUUAGAGCGAGCGGCGUGAGAACCGUGGCCACAAGCACGUGCGUGACCGAGUAAGGAACAUUAUGAGACGGGAUACGAGUGACAUGGAGUCGGAUUUUGACGAGGUCUUCACAGACGAUCCCUCAAAAGGAUCUGCCACUCAAAUUAAUUCUAGAAGUCAACUGGUCACCAGGAAGAGAAGAAGAGGGAUUAUUGAGAAGAGACGAAGAGAUCGCAUCAAUAAUUCUCUUUCAGAAUUGAGGCGCUUGGUUCCGGCUGCCUUCGAGAAGCAGGGAUCUGCUAAGUUAGAAAAAGCUGAAAUACUGCAAAUGACUGUGGAUCACCUUCGUACGCUUCAUUCCAAAGGUUUUGACAUAUUUAACUCUAACCCAAAUCAAUUUUCCAUGGAUUAUCACAACAUUGGUUUUCGUGAGUGUGUUUCUGAAAUAGCACGCUACCUGGUGGGAAUGGAAGGAAUGGACUUGCAAGAUCCUCUACGACUGCGGCUCAUGAGUCACCUCCAGUGUUAUGCUGCUCAGAGAGAUCUAGCCAUCAAGUGUUCAAACCCCUGGUCUCCCACAACGCCGAUCAUCCCCGAAAAUCCAGGAUCAACCUCUCGCUACGAAUCGACAUCUUCGCUGCACGUAAACAGAGAUUGCACCCGAUCCACGGGAGAGGAGGCGAUGGCCUAUUCACCACCGAGUUUCUCACAUGCCACUUCUAGUUCUUCAGCACCAGUCAAACCAUACAGGCCGUGGGGAACAGAGUUGGCAUACUAACACAAUGCUUAUUUAUUACAUGUAAAUAGUGUCUAUAUAUUCAUAAAGUGAGAUUGUAAGUUUUAAAUCUGUUUAUAGAUCUUGAGAGGAUAUAACUAAAACAGGCUGAAGAGAUUACUUGUGUGUUACUUAAAAUUUGGCAAGUUGUGUAUUUUCAAAAUUGUAAGUUAAUAAAUAAUUGUUUUUAGUGGAUUC